GAUUCCUCGCGUUCGCCACUCUCUCGGCCAGUCACCAACCGCACGUCGCGCAGUUUAUUAGAGGGGAAAGAGCAGAAGACGUAAAGAGGAAAAAAUUAAAUAAAUAGUGAUCCGAUCGACAAGACGACGCGAGCGAGACGGACGCGGCACACGACGUGACCGACCUGCCGCCGGUUUCUCGAGUAAAAACGAUAAUCACAUAAAUAAUAUUAAUAUACGAAAAACGAGACUCAGAAGUGACCUUUUUUUUUGAGCAAAUUUAUCCGUUCGAUUUUUUUUUUUUUCAUUACCUACGUUUUCGCGCGUUCGACCUCUAGCACAUUGCUAAAUUCGCGAGCUCGUGAUCCGGCCGUGUACCCGUUAUAUUCGUAUGCCUAAUAUUCACACGUAGUUUUCUGCCGAUUUAAAUUUUUUUUCCGUUGGUUAAAAAAAAAAAAAAAUAAUAAAAAGUCGUUUUUUGAGCUUUUGGAAUACACAAACCGAGGCGUAGCCGCCGUUCAACCAGUCCGCUGCUAUUUUGGCGGGACGGGUCACCCCGUAGGGUAAACGCACGCCGUGACAAUAUUAUCCUCCCGAGGUCGACGACACCCGCAAACCGCACGCCCGCCGGCGUUAUGCGGACGCCGUGCGAAGCGGGCACCGGCGUCCGGCGCGACGGACCCUGACCCGGCGGUACCCUGCCCGGUACCACCCAGCGAUGGCCUAAAGUCAUGGUGAAACGGUCGCACUGCAGCAGCAGCAACAGCGGCGGCGGCCACCGGCGGAGUGUUGUGGUGACGGUCAGUGUGUUGGCGUUGUACGCCGUGUUGUGCGGUGGCGCGGUGUCGGGCACGUCUGCACUCGGGGACCGGGCCGCGUAUUACGGCGUCGCGGCGGCCGCGGAACGGGUGGACGACGCGGCGCUGGUGGCCGCGGUCGCGGGCUCGUCGGCCAGGAGCGGCCGGUCGUCGGCCAACCUGUCGCACAUAACAGGCACCGCCAGGAAAAUCAAGAUGUUCAUCAAAAACAGAUACCUGCAGGUGUUCCCGGACGGCACGGUGAACAGCACGGCCGAGGAUACGAACGACUAUGUUAUCCUGCAAAGAACUUCGGUGAACAUGGGACAGCUAAACAUCCAAGGCGUAGCGACGUGUAUGUACUUGUGCAUGGACGCAUGCGGCUUACUGUAUGGCUCGAAGGACUUCGAGGACGAAUGCGUGUUCAACGAGAUGAUCGAACAGAACCAUUACAACACGUACUCGUCUGUCAAGUACACCAACGACCGGCGCACCCUUUACCUGGCGCUCAACAAGCGGGGCACCCCUCGCAAGGUGCAGAUAAAGGCGGACGCGCCUCUCGGCAAGCUGUCCACUUACACGCGGGUGCUGACGCAACCAGUGCCGGCGGAACGGGUAGAACGGCUGUUGGCCAACCGGCGGCCUUUGCAGUCGGCCGAGUGGCCGGCGUCCAUACCACACGCGCACCGGCACCAGCACGCGUGUCCACCGCACAUGGGGCCACCGCACGCCACCGCCAAGCACCGCAAGUCCCAAGGCCGCAAGUGCCAAGUCAAAGGCGGCGGCGGCGGCGGCGGCGGCCGGAAGAAGAACAAGGACGACGGGAACAGGGACAGUGGCAGCAGAGAGGACGAAGACUGCGGCGGAAACAAGAAGAACAACAAUCGGUGUGGCGACGGCGGCGACGAAAUCAGUCACCGGAAAGUGGACGCCGCCGGCCGGAAAAAGAAAUCGAAAAAACCCACGGCCGGCGGCGGCAAGGGUGGCAAAGGCGAUAAGCCGCAGCGGCAACACGGCGCAAAGGCCGGGAAAAAAUCGGAGACGGACGCUCCGCCAUCACCACCGCUGGAACCCGUGGUCGCGGUCCAGGCGGUUACCACGGUCGUUGCCCCGUCGUCGAUCGCCGACGCGGACGGCGGUGGCGACGACGACGAAGACGACGACGCGGUGGCGGCUUUGGCGGCCACGGCUCCGACAGACGAGUUCCUACAUUUUAACGACAAUUAACCGUAAUAAUAUUAAUAAUGAUAAUAAUAAUAAUACAAUACAUAAUUAUAUCAUACGCACUUAUAUUGUUAUUAUUACUAUUAUUGUCAUAUAUAUUUUAUACAAACACUGUACUGCUUUUCUUAUUAUAUAAUAUUAUCAUUUUAUAUAUUAUUUUAUUAUUAUUAUUAUGUUGUGUUCGCCGCGAUCGGUUCGUGCACGGGCCCCGCCGACGCGCUACCGCAAAUCGAAUCCACAUCGUCCGCGUUCGACCUGAUCCUAACGACAAUAAUAUAACGUAAUAUUAUUACAAUCAUAUUAUGCCUACCUACUAUACUUACUUAUGUCUAUAAAUUAUUACUCAUACUAUUUUUUUUAGUGUUAUGUAAUAUAUCCUCUUAGCUGUACGUCCAUGCAUGCGACCAUCAUUAUAUUUUUUUAUCAUACCUACACAAAUGAAUAUAAUAAUAAUGAUAGUUGAAUAAUACUUAUUGAUUAUUGUAUUAUAUUUUAUACUCACCGAAAAACUACAAUAUUAUCGUAAACUCUGCCCCCGCCAAGUCUAGGAUCUUAACACCACGCUCCGCUUCCUCCGAGUGCGCUUAUUGCCCUCCCCCGCCCACUCAGGGUUUUAAGUAACCAUUUUUAAUUUAUUUAUUUAUAUUUCGCAGCAUCACUCAUCGGUAUUCAGUGAACGUUCAGUAUUCUUCCGUAUAAAAUGUACAAUAAUAUUAUAAUAUAAGUAUAUAAUAAUAUAAUGUAUUAUUUCCGUUGACUUCCCGCAAUGUGCCAUUUUUAAGUUGUAUAAAAAUGAGAAAAAUAUGUUUAUUAAUUUUGUACUUCCUUGAUAUUAAUAUAUCAUAAUAUACGCCGUGUUCUAUUCUGAAUUAUAUUACACAACAUAUAAAUAUAUCACAUAAUAAAUUAUACCUUACAGUAAAAAUAUGUAUAGAUGAUAAACUUGUUCGUCUCUAUCAAAUGUAGCUCUAUUCUAGUUAGGGAAUACAUACAUGUAGUAGAACGUGCAUGUUAAUAAAUUGUGUUUAGACAAUAUAAAAAUUUGUUUACAUUCCAAAUUUCGAAUAGUAUAAAAUGUACGUGACAAACUACUGACAAGCCAGCAUCGUUUUAAAUCGUCGCGACCUUAUGAUAUUAUUAUUAAUAAUAAUAAUAAUAAAAAUAUAUUCAUACCAAACCGAUUAACGACGAAUAUUUUACUAUUAUGCACCAAAGUCGUCCCUCGCCGAAUCUAAAAUACCAACUCGUGAAAUCUCGUGUGCUUAAAAAACGCAACAAUUUUUGUAAAAAAAAAUACAUUUUUUAUACCAAAUAAGUUUAUAUAUUUUAGUUUUCCUAUGUUGUACAAAUUUAUAUUAAAUGUCAUUUUUUUUCAACUUGUAAUUUUUAAAUGUGCCUGACUAGUUUUAUUUAAUGCGUAUAUUAGCAUUGCCUAUAUGAUAUCUGUAUAAUAUUACUAUUUAUUUAUUAUCCGUACACGGUGAUUUGAAAAUUUCCGAUGACGGUUUUUAAUGAAUACAUUGCGAAAAAUAUGAAUUAAUGUCCCCAAGAAAUAUUAUAAUAUAGUGAUUUUUGUACUCCA